AUGGUAAAACUACCUUUUUUUACAAUCGUUGUGUCAAUAUUUUACACCAGUUCAUUGUUGGUUUCAGCAGCAGAUUAUACUGCUCCAGCCUCAAAUUUGGGUUGUUAUUCUUCAAUAUCUGGUGGUGACUCCAAAGGUGAUUAUACUUAUCAAACAUCAGGAUAUUGUGUUAAUAAUGAAUGUCCCAACUCACCAUACGUUGCUGUUAAAGGGAAAGAAUGUAUAUGUUUGAAUUCAUUACCACAAUCAUCAUCUAAAGUGAGCUCAAGUCAAUGUGAUCAACCAUGUCCUGGUUAUCAGUCAGACAUGUGUGGUGGAUCCAAUGCAUACAAUAUUUAUAAAGGUUUAGCAAGUGCUAGUUCCAGUUCUAGUUCUAAUAUGGGGAGUGCUUCAUCAAGCUCGCCUUCAUCAUCUGGAUCUCCUUCUUCCAGUCAAUCAUCUUCAAUAACUGGAUCUCCUAACAAUAGCGAUGAUUCAGAUCAAAGUACGGCGACAGUUGUAUCAACUAUUAGUAAUUCAAAUGGUAAUGUUAUUUAUAAAACAAUUACACAGGAAGCAUCAGCAACUACUUCUUCAGGAUCUUCAUCUCAUGCUUCGACAACUUCAUCAUCAUCAUCAACUUCAACUUCCUCAUCCCACUCAAGUGACUCCCCUGAUGGGAAAUCAGAAAAGAAAUCAUCAUCAGUUGGUGCCAUUGUAGGUGGAGUUGUUGGUGGUAUUGGUGGUUUAAUUCUACUAGUUGCUGGUGGGUUCUUUUAUAUGAGAUACAGAAAUAAUGAUGAGGAUGAAGAUGAAGAAGAAGAAUUUUAUGAUAAUAAACCUCUUAAACGAUCAAAUGGUUCCAAGAUUGGUUCUAGGAGAAGUCCAAAUGCUUUAGAAAUGCCAAUGGCUAAUCCUUUCCAACAUCCAGCCGAUGAUUUAGUAAGAAAUAAUAGUGUACAAAAGAAUGGAUUUGUUGAUCCUCGAUUAAAUCCAAUAAUGAUGGGUCGAAGAAGACUAAGUGAAGGAUCACUAGUUGAUGAAGCAGAUUAUUCUCGAAAAGUACUACAAGUUGCUAAUCCUGAUGAUACAAAAUAA